CCCUCUCCUCCCAUUAAGCCAGUGCCGAGGGAGCGCAACACGGGACAGCGUGGAGCUCAGCCUCAGUCUCACCCGGCUACCAACUGGAAGCGCCGCGCCGCCGCAGCGAAGGGUUUUUUUUUUUGCGUUUGGCUGAUCCUCCCCCCGACACCCCCACCCACCCCCCCACCCCCCCAUAGGUGCGUCCGGCCGGGUCCGUCGUUCCCGGAGAGAACAGUUUUGUUUGUUUGUUUGUUUUGCUGGGGUUGUGUGUGUGUGUGUGUGUGCGCGUGUGCGCGCGCGUAUGUGUGGCGAAAACGGAGCGUCCCGGAAAACUGGAAUAAUUCAGGAGUUGCCACGAGAGAGUGGGAGACCAGGUCCUCGGGGCUCGGCACGCAAGACCCGACUUCGCCGAGAGUUGUGGAUAAUGGAGACACCGUCACUUUAUCUUCCCGUUGUUAUUUUACUGAUGCAAUGUUCUCCCUCAGCCCCCGUUACCGUGUUGACCUUGAGAAGCAAGGUGGAGGUGCAGGAGUUCUCAGAUGCGGUGCUGUCCUGCACGUUUCGUACCGAGAAAGACCAGAACCCCCGCAUCGAGUGGAAGAAGAAGGGGACGGACGUGUCCUUCGUCUACUACGACGGCCACUUUAGAGGUCCCUUCGAGGGCCGGGCUGCCAUCGAAGGGGCGACGGUGACGUUGCGGAAGGUGACCCAGAAGGACGCGGGGGAGUACCGCUGCGAGAUCAGCGCCCCGCUGGACUUGGUCACCCUAGGAGAGACCAACGUCACCCUCAAAGUCCUCGUGCCACCGCAAACCCCGUCAUGUGAAAUUCCCAGUUCUGCAGUGACAGGCUCAGUGGUUCAGCUGCGGUGCCGGGACCGCCAGAGCAUCCCACCAGCCACCUACUCCUGGUUCAAAGACAGCAUACCCCUCAACCCGCGCCAGCCCAAUGCCACUUUUAUAGUCAACGCAUACACCGGAGUCCUGGAGUUCAAAGCGGUGGCCAAGGAGGACACCGGCCGCUACCGCUGUCUAGCCUCCAAUGGAGUGGGAAAGCCAAAGAUGUGUGAGGGCAACAGCAUGACCAUCGAGGAUGUCAAUGUUGCAGUGGUGGUGACAGUGGUGGUGGUCUGUCUCCUGGUUGUCAUCUGUGGAUGUGGGGGGUUCCUGCUGCACCGCAACGGAUUCUUCAGCCCAGGACACAGAGGAAGGUCAUUUUGGAUCUCCGAGUGUCACGGUGCAGCCCACAUCAGCAGCCAAAACCUGCACAGAACUGAGGACAUGUCCAAUGUCAACUACAUCCCUCCUCCCCAAGAACACCAAGAUUUCAAACACACUCAGUCAUUUAUGCUCUGAGAAGCUGGCCUUCUGUUGAAAACAGGCUACCACCCUUGUGUUAAAGGUGCCAACCCUGGAUACUUUAUUUUUUUUGGGGGGGGGGGGUUGAGGUAAGACUCAUAGGAAGAGAGCUCUUCGUUUCCCAGCUCAGAUACAGCACUGUUUUAAAUGUUUUACUACUCUUUGGAUGGGUCGUCACAAGGGACAAACAACUUCCCAAGGCUUCCUGUCUUCUUGCUUUGCUGUGUGGGGUGGCUCGUGCCACCGAAGUGGUCCAGUCAUACAGGAUUAAGUACAUUAUAUGGCACUAUGCUUCCCCCUGGUGGUGUAAUAUUGAACAUCCAUUUUAUAGUUACGCGCUUUGACCCUCCCGUUUGCAGGCCAAAAUUACUAUCUGUGUUUUUUUUUUUUUUUUUUUUUUAUCAGAGACUGACUGUUUUAUUUAGGGAAUUUUGAACAUACAGUUUGAUUAGAUCAACCUAUGAGUUUCAUAACUUUAAAGCCAUAUGGAAAAGCAUCUCAACUGUGCAAUGGUUUUCCUAACGACUAUAGUGAGCAAAUGCUGUUUUACCUCAGUAUGAGCCACCUGCUAAUGUAUUGUCUCAUCCUUACGGGGGGGGGGGGUCAUCCUCCGCCUCAUCCACAUUGCCACUAAGGUCCCGUGGCCACAACAGAGCAAAGGUGGUCUUGAUACCAACAUGCAAAUUAAAGCCACUUUAGCCAAGUGAGACCAACCCCAUUCCGCCCUAACGUGCCUGCAUGGUCUUCUUAUAUACCUUGUGCCUUUUUAAUUUCAUAUUAUGUCAUAUUUAUCUAUGGAUCACUGUUUUUGUAAAGAAUUUGCCUUACUUUUUUCUGUCUUUAUAUUUUUGUGCCACAGUGUUUUAUCAAAUGGAGUGUCUGUUUUUAGACUGCGUGUGAAUGCUGAAAUUUUAUUUGGAUGACGUAUCAGUAAUAAAAGGUUGGGGUUUUUUUUGUA